UUAAGAACUUCCCUGUGCAGUGAGCGAGCACUGGGCAGAUUGUCCAGAGAGGCUGUGGAGCCUCCUUCACUGGAGAUAUUCCAGGACCAUCUGGACACAGCCCAAUGCUCUGGGAUGACCCUGCUGGAGCAGAUGACCCACUGUGGUCCCUUCCAGCCUGACCCAUUCUGUGGUUCUGUAAACGAAGUGUGGCUGCAUUAUUCAUCAGAAGGAUGAGGCACAUUUCACAGCCAGGUGGGGAAAUGCUCAGCGGUGGGCUGUGCCUGUGCAGAAGGUUGUGGAAGGUGUUUUACCUGGUCGCAGCUGUCAGAAAGAACCUUGCUAUAAUCCUCCGUAAAAUCCAAGCUGAUCUUAUGUUCAGGUUGGAUGAGGCUUGUGUAAAUAAACAGGAGAAUAACUUCAAGGAGUUAGUAUUAGACAGGAAAUAAUUGUGGAAUGUGUGUGUACUGAGUAAGCUCAUCUUAAUAAUUAAAUAGCAAUUGGUUUAGUAGCUCUUCCUUUUUUUGUAGUUGGACUCCCAGUGGAAGUAAGAGGUAGGUAGGCUUUACAUACAAGAAGAGAUUGAGAUGAAUUACACAACAACAGAGCUUUCUGUGAAUACACUCAAUAUCUCAUGGUUAAAUUAAAAAUUAGUACUUUAUCCUUAGAUAAAUAACGUGAAACUAGAUUUUUAAAAAUGUAUUUUUGUACAGGAAGUCUUUUUGAUGUUAAAUCAGGAGUGGUAAAUGCACACUGCAGGUAAAUCCAGUACUGUUUUAUGUGUAGGUUUAGUGUUCUGUUCUGACUUUGCUCAAACUGACAAAGUGCUCUGACUAAAAUUUUCCACCAGCGUUAUGCUGAUCCUCUUGAGGGGAAGUUUGGAGCAAAUUUAAGCAACUGUUUUUAUAAACCUUGUUAGCAAAAAAAACCCCAAAUUAUGUGGCCAUCUCUUGGGUGGAGGGAAUCCUACAACCAUUCUCUCAGAUGUGUGUUUCACCCAUAUGCUGUAGAGUUGUAAUGUCUAAAGAAUAUUUUGUUUACCUGUGGAAGGUCCACCCACCCUGACUGAAUUGUGACCAUUUCAAGAGCUGUCAUUUGCAUGUUCUCAGGAGGGGCUUGCAGGGAGAUGUCACAAAUCAGAACCUCUGGAGUUUUCAGCUGCAGAGCCACACCAGGAUUCCUUGGGGAUUUCACCCCUUGUGAGCUCCCCUGAUUCUGCUUCACUGUUCAAGGGACAUCAGAAUCAUGGAGGGGCUCUUGCAUUACAUAAAUCCAGCACAUGCCAUUUCCCUCCUGAGCACCCUGAACGAGGAGCGUCUCAAGGGACAGCUGUGUGACGUUGUGCUGAUCGUAGGAGACCAGAAAUUCCGAGCUCACAAGAAUGUUCUGGCUGCCAGCAGUGAAUACUUCCAGACUCUGUUCACAAAUAAGGAGAAUGAGUCUCAGACAGUAUUUCAGCUCGACUUUUGUGAGCCAGAUGCUUUUGAUAAUGUGUUGAACUACAUUUAUUCUUCAUCCUUGUUCAUUGAGAAAGGCAGCCUCGCAGCUGUGCAAGAACUGGGCUACAGUCUUGGAAUAUCUUUUCUUACAAAUAUUGUUUCCAAGAGUCCUCAAGCUCCUUUUCCAUCUUGUCCUAUGAAAAAAAUACUCUACCAAGAUGAAGAUGAAAGUAGUUCUCAGAAGAGAAGUGUCAUCGUCUGUCAGAACAGAAUGGAAGCACAAGCGAAAAGCAUAAAUCAGACACAACACGACUUAAGCCAUACUCCUAAACCUUCACCCUCUGUGGCUGUCAAAGCUGGCAGCAGACCACAGGUAACAAAACCAACUGAAACCCUUCACAACUUAUCACUGACUGAAAGGAGGUGGCUGAAAGAAGGCCCUGUGAGCUAUACAAAGGUUCAUGAAACUUCUGGAACUGUGGAGGAUCAGAGCCGAAGUGCUUUAGUGAAAAGGAACAUGGUGCUGCCUCAGAUGUCUUUAGCAGAAAAAGAAAUGGCAAGCGGCGAACCAGGAAGCAGCACUCAGCUUCUGAGAGGAAAAGUUGCAGAGAUGUCAUUGAAAAGGCCACGUCCACCAGUCUUGUCUCUGCGUGGGGCAGGGGAUUCCACGUUUUUGUUGCGAGAGGCAGGAAAAGGAAAUGGUCAAGGGGAAGACAGGAAUUUGCUCUACUACUCCAAGUUAGGGCUGGUAAUUCCAUCUAGUGGGUCUCGCCCAGAAAACCAAAGCAUUGACAGAAGUGGGCCCCUUGUAAAAAGUCUCCUUCGAAGGUCACUGUCCAUGGACAGCCAGGUUCCUAUUUACUCACCUUCUGUUGACCUAAAACCUGCACAGGUAUCCUCGUGCUCCUCGCCGGGAACUAACGAUUCCCAGAAGACAUUUAAUGUUGCAUCCCAAAAGUCAUCCUCGAAAGAGUCAUCGGAGAAGUCGGCCUUGGAUGAGAAGCCACAGGUAAUACACCCACAUCGCCUUAGGUCCUUCAGUGCCUCUCAGUCAAUGGAGCGGGAGGUCGCUUCCCCUCUCUCGGAGGUGCGGAUCAAAACUGAGCCCAGCAGUCCCCUCUCAGAUCCUGCUGAAAUCAUACGCGUCACGGUGGGUGAUGCUUCAGCAUCAGCAAACAAAGACUUUGCUUUCAAAACUGAGGAUGACCGUAAGGAACCAAGCAGACUUCCAGCCAAAAGGAGGUUCCAGGAUGAUAGGAGGCUGCCAUUCAAGAAGCUGAAGGUGGAUGAGCAGGGUUCUCCUGGCUCAGAAGAGAACUUUGAGGAAGGCUCGAGCCCCACGCACCUUGAUGCCGAUUUCCCUGAUUCUGAUGUCAGUAAAGAUGAAUACAGCGAGAUGGAAGAAGCAAGACCAAAUAAAAAAUUCAAAUGUAAACACUGCCUUAAAAUUUUCAGAUCAACAGCAGGUCUUCACCGCCAUGUUAACAUGUAUCACAAUCCAGAGAAGCCCUAUGCUUGUGACAUAUGCCACAAGAGAUUCCACACCAAUUUCAAAGUGUGGACGCACUGCCAGACACAGCAUGGAAUCGUGAAGAAUCCCUCACCAGCUUCCAGUUCACAUGCCCUUUUGGAUGAAAAAUUCCAAAGAAAACUGAUCGAUAUAGUGAGGGAGAGAGAAAUCAAAAAAGCUCUGAUUGUGAAACUAAGACGUGGCAAGCAGAGCUUUCAGGGCCAGUCGGCUUCCCAAGCACAACAGGUCAUCAAAAGGAAUUUAAGGUCGAGAACCAAAGGAGCCUAUAUUUGUACCUACUGUGGGAAAGCUUAUCGUUUCCUCUCCCAGUUCAAACAGCACAUAAAAAUGCACCCUGGGGAGAAACCCAUUGGAGGGAAUAAGGCUCCUAAGCAGAAAGAUCACAUUCAUAUGGAAAGCCCAGUGGAAAACAAGGAGGUUUAUCAGUGCCGUCUCUGCAAUGCCAAGCUCUCCUCACUUAUUGAGCAGGGAAACCACGAGCGACUCUGCAGAAACGCCACUGUCUGUCCUUACUGCAGCCUUAGGUUUUCCUCUCCAGAGCUGAAGCACGAGCAUGAAAGCAAGUGUGAGUACAAGAAGCUGACUUGCCUUGAGUGUAUGCGCACCUUCAAAUCAUCCUUCAGCAUCUGGCGUCAUCAGGUUGAAGUUCACAAUCAGAACACAAUGGCUCCGUCAGAGAACUUCUCUUUGCCUCUCAUGGACCACAAUGGAGAAGUCACCAGUUCCUCACGGCUGCCUCCGCAGUCGGAAUCCAAUAAAAUGAACAAUUUUGUUGCUGCAAAGGAGGAUGGCGUGUUCAGUGAUUCGUCAGAACAAAUCAAUUUUGAUUCUGAAGACUCUUCAUGCCUGCCUGAGGACUUAAGUGUUUCCAAGCAGUUUAAAAUCCAGAUCAAAGAAGAGCCUGCAGAUGAUAUAGAGGACGAGGUCACCGAAACGAGCAGGGAACCUAAGGACGUAGUCUCCAAGAAAGAUCCCAGUUUGUGGCCCUGUGAAAAGUGUGGGAAGAUUUUCACCUUACGCAAGCAGCUGGAGCGUCACCAGGAGCUCCUGUGCUCCGUGAAGCCCUUUAUUUGCCACGUGUGCAACAAGGCCUUCCGAACGAAUUUCCGCCUCUGGAGCCACUUCCAGUCCCACAUGUCCCAGGCCGCAGAGGAGUCCGCAAAUAAGGAGCCUGAGAUAUGUCCACCAGCUAACUCCCCAUCGCCCCCACCCUUACCCCCACCCCCUCCACUCCCCAAAAUCCAGCCUUUGGAGCCCGACAGCCCCACGGGCUUGCCGGAGAGCUCCGGUACUACUGAGAAGCUGUUCGUGCCGCAGGAGUCGGACACGCUCUUCUACCACGCCCCGCCGCUCUCGGCAAUCACCUUCAAGAGACAGUACAUGUGCAAGCUCUGCCACAGGACUUUCAAGACGGCUUUCAGUCUCUGGAGCCACGAACAGACACACAAUUAGCUUUAAGAGAAGCCUUGCAGAGCUGGUUUGGGGGGGCUGUGGUCAGGAUCUCAGAGGCCUGCCACAUAGGCUACAAAUUUAAGAGGAUCAAAAUGAUGAUGAUGAUGAUGAUGAUGGAAAAUCUGGAAUUUGUGAUGCUGCUUGGAUGUGGAGAUUAGGGAAAAGUAUAACUUGGUUAGUAGGUAGAAAGCAGAGUAAUUUAAAAUACUGUGGUCUGGGAUCUAAUAGUAACAGAAUAAAUUUUAUUUUAUUUCAUUUGACACUGAAAUACAAUUGCAUCUGGAUUGUAUGCAUGGAUCUUCAUCCCGUGAUGUUGGUGUGUGUGUGUGUAUUAUAUAUAAAGUUACAUAUUAAACGAAAGAGAAACAACAAUUUGGAUUCUAACUGUGAGCUUAUAGUAGUGAAAUACUGUAACCAACGUCAUAAUUUGUUUUUCAAAAAGAAACCAACACACACAAGCUCCAUGUAAGUGGUUGCCAUGCACUGGCAGUUUGGGAGGAAGUGGAUGGAGUGUCUUGCUGUAUUGACUUAGGUCUUAGAAACCUUUAGCAAUAACAAAUAAACCUCAAGUUUGAGUAAUCUUGAUGUUAUUGGAUACGAAUGUUUGCUAUUUUAAGGGAACAUAGAAUUGUUUUGUUGUUGUAUGGAACUUGUGCAAAUUAAAAUAGACUCUAAAGUCAGCAAUAUUAUUACUAAGAUUUUAUAUAAGAAGUAGCAGCAAGCCUGCUUUCAGCCAUUUAAUUAUAACUUUCUAAGGGAAAUUGAGAGAGGGGGUACUUUGCUUUAUAUAAUGUCCCAAAGACUAAUUUCCUAUGGAUACUUGGGUAGCUGAAGUCAUUGUGUAACAGCCAUCAUAAUGCAAAUGGUACUGUUUAUAACAUGAACUGAGGUUGAAUGGAUGUCAGACAAGUUUCAUAGUUUUGUUUCCACUAUUUGUACAACUGUUUGUAAUUUUAACUACAAAGGAAUGUAUAACUAUUAAAUCAACAUGAGAGAGCUCGUUAAGGGACAGGAGAUGAGUUGUGUUUCUAAACACAAGUAAUAAGCUCAGCCAUGAAGUACAAAGAUAUGUUUUAACAAAACCUAAAAAUGUAAAUAUUUAUAUAGACACCUGUAUAAAUGAAGAAGUAUGUAUUUGAAAUUUGUAUUAAGCGUACAUAUCCAGCUCAAAGCAGAGGAGAAAAUCACACUACAAUCACUGCAUUUUAUGGAUACAAUGCAUAUAGAGUAGUUCUUUCUGCCGCUUUACUCCUAUGUGACUGUGUUGCAAUUUUCCAAUUUGUUGAAAAUUGUGGUAAUAAUGGGCUGCAGAUAUUCUGUGUGCUUCCAUUAUUUUACCUCAAAUGGCAACUGGAGCAUUUAGUGUAAGUAGGAUCACACGUAUUUACCAGGAGCCAUAGUAAGGGUCCAAUUUUUUCUGUAAGUCAAGGAAAUAUUUACCCAGAAGUAGGAGGUGAACCAACAGUGAGAAAUUAUUUUGCUAGAAUUUUAACUUAGCGGAGGGGUGGUGGGUUAGAGUGAACAUAAAUGAUGCAAACUGUGUUUGUGAUCCUGACCAGAGAAGGGGGAUGUAAUUCCACACUGCUGAGUCCGAGCCCAGUCUGUGUCCACUGAAACCAGCAGGAGUUUGGUCACCAGUUUCAGGGGGAGCAGGAGUGAGGCUUGAAUUCCCUGUGUAACCAUGUGUGUAACUGGUUUUUUUCAGUAUCCCAAGUUCAAAAGGUGGAAUUGCAAGCUGAUGCUGAGAUUCAGCAAAAUCAAGCACAAGUGUAACUCCUAAGAAUCUGAGGAUGGGCGCCCUUAGGCACACACCAGAUUUUUCUCAGUGAAAGCCAAGUGUGCCACCUUUUUUUUUUCCCCCAACAGAUAUUUAACUAUUUUUCCUGUAAGUGAAGUUUGAAAGAAUCAGCUCAGGAUGGACCUCUGAUUUUUUUCAGCUACCAAAAAAAUUGCAAUGUUAAUUUCAAGCCUCUUCUGCUUCAUUUUUCUUAUGAUCUAAAAUUGCUACUAGACACCUCUGAAAAUAACAUGUUGUUCUUUUUUUGUCCUCUUUCAGGCAAACUGUGGCUGAGUAUGAUUAGGCUAAUUUGCUUGAGUAUCAGUUAAACUCUUUCAGUGGCAUUGCAGGUAAAACAAGGUACUUGCUUAAUAGUGACAUUUCCACUUACUGAUUUUUUUAUUCCAUCUAAUAAAACUAGAAAUGUCUUUCUUACCAGAAACAAUUUCAGAAUAAAAUGGUUAUUGCACUUAAACCUGGUUUUAAAAAUCAGAAAAACAUAAAGCCUUGCUAAGUACCCUUUAUAUAUGUUUAAAAAAAAUCUGUGUGUAUAAAAUAUGAACGUGUUUUUGUAGAAUGGUUCCUAAGUUUCCCCAGUGAUUCCUCUGCACAACAGCCUGAAAGUUGAGCUAUAGCCUUUUAAAAUUCAGUGUGCUUUCUGAAGGAAGGUGGCAACCAGCUCAGCUGGGUCACAGCCAUCUCACUUCCAGCUGGGAUUCUGCUCUGUGCUAUGAUGAUAAAUUCUACACACUUUAAAUCAAAACCUUGUGCAACAUCUUUGAAUAAACCCUAACCUUUUUCCUAGUGUACUAGGUGUUAUAAAGAAUCCAUAAAAUAUUUUUGGUCUAAGUAGCCUCCUAAGUUUUUCUUCAGUUGCUUUGGUUUUGAGGGGGUUUUUAAAGUUUUUUUUUCCACUUUGAGCGUGUUCUGUGUGAUUUUUUUUUAAUUUUUUUUUUUUACAUUUGGUUCCUGUUGUUUAGUAAAGGAAUUCAGGAUCUCUAAAAUUUAAAUAUGAGAUGUUUAUAUAGCAGUUCUGGUUUUCUAUUAGCUUUUAUACAGUAUCUUAAAAAGCCCUUGAUAGAAGUGUUUAUUUUGGAGGAUACGAGAUAAAUAUGCUUCCACUUAUAUAACUUUAAUAUAUGUCUUAAAAUUUAAAUUAUGGGAAAAAAAUGUUAGUUGCUUGUUUAUAAAUAUAGGUCUUUUGAAGAGUGUCUAGUUUGGCCACAGCCAAAAUAAAAGGCAAAUUUAUUGAUGCAAAA